CACGAUCAGUGAGAAUUAAACUAACGAGAUUUGAUUAAAGUUGGUUCGAUUUGUCGCGAUCAGGAUAAAUUUCCAAUUGAUCACUGCAUUCAUUUUGCUAUUUUUCUGCUUAUUGUGAUCAAACACAUUCGUCAAACUCGUCGACGGCUAAACGACGAUUGAUCGUGAAAGCGAUCGAUUUUUCAGAAAAGUCUCAGAAGUCACAUUUGUGAUGCCGUCGAUGUUUGUCAACACAAAAGGCCAGCUUAACCUGUUUUAACCUUAGUUGAUCGAUGAUGUCAAUACGACAAUGUUUUGUAUUACAACACACCAUUGAUUAAUCAAUUCUUUGAUUAAUUAAUUAACGUUUCUCGAUUUCCGCCACCACUACGACACACGAAUAAUACAGUAUGUUGCCCGUUCUUAGUACAAUUUAGAAGUAAAUGUUACACGAUACAAGGCUGCUUGCAACUAUCUAAUUUAAUACAAUAUAUAUUGAAAAGGUCAGCGGCAUGUUUCGAGAUACUCAAAAAAUCGUCGUGGAAGACGGGAGUGCCCCGUCGGCAUCGUAUGUUAUAAACAUUCGAAUGGAAGAUAUGUUGGAAAAAUUGAAGUUGUUGAAUUACGACGAGGAAUUUGUCCAAGAACUGAAAAUAAAGCCGAUCAAUAGGCAUCAUUUUGUAAUUCCAACAAAUCCUGGUGAACAAUUUUACACGUUUACUUGUCUGGCUGCAUGGCUGAUUAGAAAAGCAGGAAAAAACUUUGAAAUACCACAAGAAUCAGAUGAUCCUAAUUCCACAAUAGCCCUGAUCUUAGAUUAUCUCAGAGAAAUCGAUAUACCCGUGGAAUUCCCACCUAAUAAACUCAAGCAGGGCAGUGGAGAACACGCUGUUUAUGUUUUGGAUAAUUUGGCUGAUAACGCUUUGAAGGUCGCACAAUUCAAAUGGAAAAGGAUAAAUAUUCCACCCGAUGAACCUACACCGGAACCAGAUAUCGAGGAUGACGAUGCAGAAUUAAUCUUAGAGAAAGUGGAGGAGGAAAUGAUGGCCGAGUAUGAUGACGACGAUCAAGAUAUCUUACAUAUAGACGAUAUUACAAAAAUUUACGGACAAAAUAUUAGCGAGACGCAAAAAUUAGACAGCAUUUUAGAAUCUAAAACUAAUAGGGAAGAGUGGCAAUUAGAAUUAGAAAAAGUUCUACCUCGUUUGAAAGUGACUGUUAAGACAGAUUCAAGAGAUUGGAGAGCGCAUCUCGAGCAGAUGAAACAAUUGCGUAUGAAUAUCGCAACUAAUCUGAGCGGUACAAAGGCCCACUUGAACAAAAUUUACACCGAUAUCGGGAGUACUUUAGACAAGAUUAAGACUAGGGAAACUUAUCUUAACAAGCAACUCGAACCGUCUUUAACAGACUAUCGCUCAUUGCAAGAAGAAUUAUCGAAAGUCAAAGAACAAUAUAGAGACGUUAGUGGUGGUGUUACCGAACGAACGCGUGUUCUUAAUAAAUUAGUGGAGGAGUUGGAACAUGUGAAGAGAGAAAUGGAUGAGAGAGGCUCCAGCAUGACUGAUGGAACGCCGCUUAUUAAUAUAAAGAAAAUGAUCACGAGGAUGAAGAAUGAAAUCUCCGAGAUGAAUAUUCGAAUCGGCGUGUUGGAGUACAGCUUGAUGUGCGCGAGAGUACGGGAUCGAACACAGUUACGAGAGGAUAUGAACAGCACGAGUACCUCAGUAAUAAUUUAACGCACGUCGUACAUCUUUAUUAUUUAUGUUUGUAUAUUUCAAUCUGUCCGACGUGUGAUGUUACGUAGUCUAGUCUUGAUUACAUAUUAGGUCUGCUUUUUGUGAUUAGAUUAGUAUACACUUUUGAAACUUAAAGUAUAUGUUUGAUAUUUGACGAAAGCGAGAAAGAGAGUUCAAGUAUAGUCCAGUUCCUUUUUAAAGGAAUAAAAAAACAGACCUAUUAUAUGUGCGUCAUUACGGGUCCAAUUACUCUGCCUCUAAAGAAGUUGCGAUAACGCAACUACGUAGAACUGAAAAAAAUCGCACCGCAGUGUGCACCUCUCAUAAAUGUGUGAAAUUUCUGAUUAUGCAAUUUAUACGUUUGUACUUAGCUCAUAAUUGUCAAUCAACA